AUGUAAUAAAACAUUAUAUAUUAAAAAGAGUAGAAAACAAAGAGUUAGUCCUUUUUGGCUAGAAUAUGCUCUUGCUUGAGCUUCCUGAAAUCAAAGCAACAACAAACAAACCAAUUAAAAUAUCAAUUGGGAAUUGAUAGUCCCAAAUCAUCAUUUUUAGGACAACGCAAAGUCAUAGUUCUAGAUUUGGAUGAAACAUUGGUUCAUAGUUAAUUUUAAAUUAUAAAUGGUUAUGAUUUUUCAAUCGAUAUUAUUGUUUAAGGUCAAUUGUUCAAAGUCUAUGUAACGAUUCGGCCAGGAGUUUAUGAGUUCCUAGAGCAACUUUAUGAAUUUUACGAUAUAGUUUUUUGGACUGCAAGUCUAUAAGAAUAUGCUGAUCCGGUCAUGGAUUUUAUUGAUCCCAAUAAUAGAGCUAUUGGCAGAAUGUAUAGAGAUAGUUGUACACCAUUGUAAAUUGGAUUAACUAAAAACCUAAACAAGUUGGGCAGAGAUUUAAAAGACAUCAUUAUAGUAGAUAAUUCUGUUGUGUCUUUUCACUUAAAUCCAGAAAAUGGAUUUUAAAUAAAAGAUUUCUUCUUUGAUAAGUAAGACUAAGAGCUCGAAUUAAAUUUACCCUUUUUCAUUUGGUUAUCAUAAUUACCAGAUGUACGUCCAGUUUCUAGUUUAUUUAAAUAGUUUAACAGCACUUCAUCAAAUGUGUUGAACAUGAGAAACGCUGUGACACUCAACAGUUAAUAUUAAUAAAAUGAACAAAGGAAAUUUUAAAGUCUCUCAAGAUCUUUAUCUCUUUAAAAAGCAAAAAUGAUGCUUUCCAAUUAAGUGUUUCGAACAUUAACUCUAUCAAAAGAUGACGAUGAUGAUGAGUUAGACGAAAGCAAAAUCAGAGAUAAACUAGGAUUAAGUUAACCUCCAUGUGAAAAAGCAAAUAAACAACAAAAUUAGACUGAAGAAGAAGAUAAGGAGACUUAUGUAAUAUCACAUUGA